UGCAAUUGAGAAUCUCUUAGCUCUUUGUUUUUGUUAACGCUAAUGUCAUCAAUAGUUCUGCAAUGCGUCAUUUAUAAUAAACUAAUUAGUUUUUUACCUAAGUUUCAUUUGUCGUGUAAAAGUGGUAAAUCAACGUUCAUUGAUUUAAAAGUACAUUUAUAUAUGGUCGUCAGCUUUAUUAUCACUUGAACUUUUCAAGACUUAUUAUUGUGUGUCACAAUAUGCCGAAAAAGUGCUAUAACUUUCGAUUUAGACCUUAUAUAAUUACUUUAUCUCUUUAUCAAUGAUCGACAGUAAUAAAACAAGGUUAUGUUUUGGCGAAAUCCACGUGAUGCUGCGCUUCUGGGGCGCGCAAUUGAAAGUUCAAAGUGUUUCGCUCAACCGCGUUAUCAAGAAAGUAAAUAUACGAAAGCUAAACUAAUAAAACAGUUGCGGUUAGAUAAUAAAUUACAAUUUGGACAAUUAAUCGAAACCAAAGUACAAAAAACUAAGAGAUUGCAGUUGGAAUCUAAAGGCUUACAACCAUUAACUAUAUCAUCAAAUGUCAAUUCAGAAUUAGCCUGGGUAUUAGCUCAGAGUCCAAAACUGACUCGAAUUAGCUCAAAGAGUGGAUCAACAAAUUCUCAGGAAAAUCAUGUUAACUCAAAGACAGAAUCAACAAAUCAGUCAAUCGGUAUUGAAGUUGAUAUAAACUUAAACUGUGAUAUACCAAAAGUAAUUUCUUCGAAAAAUAUUGUAAAAAAUGUAGAUAAUAGUAAAUCAACAAAUAAACAAGUUUCAAAUGAGAAAAAUGAAGCAAAUGCAAAAGAUAAAAGUCUUGUUUCUAAUGAUUUACUAAAAGACAUAUUACAGUAUCCUAUUAUUGAAAACUAUAAGAAUUGUACUAUUGAAGAAGUAGAUCCAUCACAAAUUUUGACAAUAUCAUCUAGGAAAGAUAAAUCUAGUUUGAAUUAUCCAAGCGUUACUAAAAUAUUGACAGCAACUAUGUCAGAAGAAGCGAAAGCUGUUCUUGAAGCAUGGAAAUUGAGAAUGAUUCAAAAGUUAGGUGCUAGAGGAUUUGAAAUUUAUCAAGCAGAACUACUUGGAGAAGGAAAAAUAUUACAUUCAACGAUAAUGGACAGAUUGAUGCAGAAAGAAUUUAGUAUUCCUGAUAGAAUAAAACAUGCAUUUUCAAGUGUCACUAAUGUGAUAGAUAUUGUAAAUAAAGUUCAAGCCCUCGAGUCAUAUGUAGUUCAUUCCAAACUGCAGUACAGGGGGAUAGUGGAUUGUGUUGCUGUAUAUAGAGACGAAUUGUGUGUAAUCGACUGGAAAAAAUCAGACAAGACCAAAAGUACUAUUAGUUCCACAUAUGAUGCUCCAUUGCAAUUGGCUGCUUACAUAGGAGCUAUAAAUUCUGACCCAAAUUAUCCAUUCCAGUUGAAAAAAGGCCUCGUCGUAGUCGCAUACAUGUCCGGUAAGCCUGCUGAGGUGCACGAGAUCGAGGAGAGUUCGCUGCAGCUAUACUGGGAGCUUUGGCUGAAGAGACUACAGAAUUAUCAUUCUAUGAAUUUCAGUUAACGAACUGUCGCGGCAAACAUUGUUAGCGCUGUACAUAGACAUUGAUUUCUUGUCAGACAGUCGCGUAAGUAAAGUCGCGAGGCGCUAGCUUCCUCGAAGCCUCUUUCUCAGAGCAACUUUUUCAUUUCCGUGCACUUGUUACUCUUGUCGUAGCUUCUCUCACUGUCGCUCGUCGAUAUUGGAAAAAUUUUCGCUGGCAUAGUAAAUUACCAGACGCCGACUUGGUCGACGUAAAAAGGUACGACUCUUAUUCAGCCUGGACGAGGAAACUUGCAAUUGGAUAUCCGGGCUUGCUCUUUUGCUCGCGCGCGAACUAAUAAGCGCGCUCAUCGUACAUUCCGCGAGCAGGCAAUUAAGCGUCAGGAAGUAUGAAACAACCCCGGGUGGGCGCAAUAUUUCAUGACGCGGAUAUGCAAAAAUCGAUGUUCGCGUCUGCAGCGUUUUUUCUCUCGCCUCGAGCGCAAAUCCGCCGAUGCGGUUGUGGCCGUAAAAGCGUUCUCAUAAAAACCAGCAUCCGUAUCGUCGCCAACGUGCUGCAGCGCGGCAGAUUGACGAGAUUUAUUUCGUUUCUCAGACACAGAAUACAAUUUUCUAUUGGUUCGCGUUUCGUUUCGUUUUUUUCUGAUUCCCUGAAAGUGAACAAAAAAUAACACGCUACAUAUAGCAAUUAUAAGUUGGGAGGUAAAAAGAGUCAGAGAGAGAGAGAGGAGAGAGAUAGUGGAGCAGCGUCCCUCGGCGAGCAACGAGAGGCAGAGGGGCCCUCCCCCUCGGAACGCCCUUGGGGACCGUAAACUAAUGGCGGCGCGUAUGUGCCGGCGUUAUCUCCGGCACUUUGCCGCCUCGAGUGCCGCACCUGCUGUGCAAUACUCUGGUGUACUUUAUUAGCAGGGCCAUCGGGCUUUAAUUUUUCAGCGCAAGCGGCGUCUUACGAGCGCUCUUGGAUUUUCCAUUGUAACUUAUUUGACUUUUCAACAAUAAUAGUUUUAUUAAUUUUUCAAUAGAGACCAGCCAUAGGUACGUAUGAGAAAAAGAUGUUUACGUUGGAGUUCCAUCCUCUACCUGUCGACGACGGCGGAUGUCGCUUGUAUUGAUUUCGUCCUGGCUGAAUAGACGCGAAGAUUGAAACGUAUACUUUUCCCAUUUGGCUGGCUUUUAUUUCUCUAUGAUGGGAAAUAUCUUGUUUCAGAGCUUCAGCUAGUUCGACGAAUCGCUUUUUCAAAUGUGAAAAUCGGCUUUUAUUACACGAGCGCGCAGGUAGGCUUCUAUUAAACCACUAAAUUCAAUCUUCCAGCUGUAGUUUUUAAUCAAAGUGUUUCCGAUGCAGGUGAGACUACUGAUCGAUUCUCUUGCCAGGAAUGACGGCAAUGAAUUUUUCAUUUGUCGCGUAAUCCCAAACGCGAGGCAAACAACGGCCUCGCAUAGCCAGCCGAUCAAAUGAUUCAUCGUCGUCCCUUGGCUGCGGUAACGGACGCCGUCGCCCGCUAAUACCUCGCUUCCUUCCGCGAACACGCGCAUGUGCACCAAAAAUCCCAUCGAUACGCAUCGGCGAUUUUCCGUCACGCGACCCAUCGUCUCUUGUAACCUCGCUCGAGCGAGGCACUUUAUCAAAAAAGGUAACGAAAAACAUUCGAAGGAUAUAGACUCGACGUUUCUUGUGGAGCCUGGUUUCUUUGCUUUUUUUCCCUCGAAGCGUCGUUAAAAUGUAAUUAAUCCCGCCCGAGGAUAACGGCAGCGCACGCGAGUCAGCAGAAACGUCGCUAAUGCGAAGAUAGUAGUGACGGUGGUUCCUUCGGGGACAGCUCCGCGCGCAUUAUUAAAGGGGACUGCAUGCGCAAUUCAUGAGUCGAGAAGCCGAAAGAGAGAGAGAGAGGUGAAGUAUUUGAUAUGGGCUGGCUUGCCUACUUUUAUUUCCUGUAUCUCUCUAUUUUUAAAGUCCCCCGUGGCUUCAACCCCUCCCUUCCCUGGCCUUGGUAGCGAGAAAAAGAAAAGCGUAUUCCUCUUGAUGAAAUCGUAAGAACCUUUUUAUGUCGCCUCCAGAUGCCGCUGGAGAAAACAUUUAAUUAAUGAACGAAAUACAGCCGUUACUUUUAUCGCUUGAUUCAUCGAAGAACGAGAGACAUAGAGAGAGAGAGAGAGAGAGAAAGAAUAAAAAAAUCCUUUUACUCAUACACAAGUGCUUCGGAUAAAUCAGUAUACGUCGUCGUGAAAGCAAAUGCGGAUGAUUAAUUAAUUAGCUAGUGCUGCAUCGUGAGAGCAAAGUUUUCUGUUUUCCCGAGAAGUUCGCCUCUUAAAAGAGUCUAUACUAGCGAAAGAUGCAAAGAUUCGAGAGGACAAAGAGUGUCAAACUCUCCGAAGCAGCAGUAAAACUUUGAACACGACUUAAACUUUGCGCGUUGCAUCCGGUAGUCUGCUUUAUUUCAUCGACGCGCUACUACGUUGCGAAAAUUAAAAAAAGAAGAAAAAAACGUCCACCGUUGACCAAAGGCUAAAAUAAUGAAAUCGACGAGUUGCGGCGCACAUGCAAGCAGCAGAUAUAACGAGAGUUGCUGGUUGAAAGGAAUAUCGAACGCACGCGCAUUCACUAUAGACGAGUUACUCUUCGAUGUUAAUUAAUUAUCUGGCAAGCUGAUGCUCCCACGU